AUUUCGCCAUAACGGCCAGCCCUAGUAGGAGCUCACGUUCAUGUUUCGUCUGAUAGGCAUCAUCGUUGCGCACUACCUCCAGUCCUUGUCUCCUGCUUUGGUAUUGGGGGGCGAGCUGGUCUAUCACAAGAGACCAGGAGAGGAGGGCACUGUCACAUCAUUAGUGGGCAGGUACACAGGUAGUAACUAUGUCGCCACGUUGACUGUUGGAGGAGCUGGUGCACAUGCGUCAUACUACCACAAAGCCAAUGACCAGCUCCAGGUUGGGGUGGAAUUUGAGGCUAGCACACGGAUGCAGGACACAAGCAUGUCGUUUGGUUAUCAGUUGGAUGUACCCAAAGCAAAUCUGCUGUUUAAAGGUUCUUUAGAUAGCAAUUGGGUGGUGGGAGCGACGCUGGAAAAGAAGCUGCUUCCCCUUCCUCUAUCAUUAGCUCUAGGCGCCUUCCUUAACCAUCGUAAGAACAAGUUUCAGUGUGGCUUUGGUAUCACCAUCGGAUAGAACCACUGUGGCGAUUUCAGAAUCUCAACAGAUACAACCCUCCACCACGCUUGGACUGGCGCAAAGAGACAUGGGAAAUGGACCAACACUGAAACGAACUCAGAGACUCCCUCCCUAUAUUAGUGCAUUGAACCUUCACAAGGAUGGACCAGGACAAAGAGCUCGCAGGACUGUCCAACAGAGCUCUCAUCAAUAUAAAUGUUCCGUUAUCUGAUAAACAGACGACUGACGACAUAAGGUUUGUUUUCAAAUGCACAUCAUGUGGAAGAACAAUGCAUGUAACAUUAAAGGUGUUUUGGAAGAAAGUACGUAUCCGUAUUCAAAAUAUACUUCAUUCAAAUACAGUGAGUUAAUGUGGAGAUGUUUUUUGCCUUUGAGACAAAAUAAUUCUUUUGGCUUUUACAAAAGACUGUUUUCUUAAGGGCAAAAGACAAUUUUUUGAUCUAUAAACACAAACCAUUUGUUUUGGUCUAAAUAAAUGUGGUCAUACGGUU